CGCUAUAUUUAUUUCGACCCUAACGUUUUAAGAAAGUAUAUACUUAAAGAUAGUAAACUUCCUCCUUCCGAAGUUAAAUGUAAGUCCUUCGACCCUAACAAUUUCGUCGGCCUUAACUAUUAUAAAGCCGCCUCUUAUAUUAUCGAUAAUAAUAAGGAUAAUAAAGAAUUCGACUUCUCUAACCUCUCGCCUAAGGAAAUAUAUAAA